CUCCUCCUUCUGAGUGUCAGAGAGCAGGAGUGAACCGGAGCUCAGUUCCUCCCGGAGCGUGUUGGGUGAAAAUGCCUGUAGGAGAAGGUGAGAGGAGUUGCGGGUUGUUGAUCAGCAGUGCGGGGUUUCAGGAGUUCAGCAGUCAGGAGUUCAGGACCGAACUGAAGCAGAGCAGCUGAGUGAAAGAAGAGAAGAUAAACCUGAAGAUAUCUAAAGAACGAAACCGUUACAAACCCGGGCUGUGGGGCGUGUGUGUGUGUGAGUGUGUGUGUAUUUAUGUGUGUGUGACUGUCUUGAGUGGACAUGGAUGACACGGAGAAGGAAAAUAAGUCCGACGACGAGCCGGAGUCUCCAGAGGACGAAGAAGUUGACCCGAGAAUUCAGGGAGAGCUGGAGAAACUAAAUCAAUCUACUGAUGACAUCAAUCGAUGGGAGACCGAGUUGGAGGACUCCAGGCAGAAGUUUCGCUCUGUCCUCAUGGAAGCCACGGUGAAGCUCGAUGAGCAGGUCAAAAAGAUCGGCAAAGCCGUGGAAGACUCCAAGCCGUACUGGGAGGCUCGGAAAGUAGCUCGACAGGCCCAAGUGGAAGCUCAGAAGGCCACACAGGAGUUCCAGCGAGCCAUAGAGAUCCUACGAGCAGCGAAGGAGACCAUCGCUCUGGCUGAGGAGAGGCUUCUGGAAGAGGACAGCCGGCAGUUCGACUCGGCCUGGCAGGAAAUGCUCAACCACGCCACCCAGAGGGUGAUGGAGGCGGAGCAGAGCAGGACACACAGCGAACUGGAGCACCGAGAGACGGCGACCAAAUACAACGCAGCCAUCAGCCACAUGAGACAACUGGAGAAGAAACUCAAACGCUCCAUCAACAAGUCACGGCCAUACUUUGAACUGAAGUCCAAAUAUUAUCUCCAGCUUGAGCAACUGAAGAGAAAAGUGGACGAGUGCCAGGCGAAACUGUGCGAGGCCAAAGCAGAGUACAGGACUGCCCUGCGCAACCUGGAGGCCAUCUCAGACGAGAUCCACGCUCGCAGACGUCUGGCAGCCAUGGGGCCUCGCAGCUGCGGAGUUGGUGCUGAGAAAGACGUCAACGGUGAUGACAUCAGCAACUUCAAAAUGGAGUCGGACGGCAUAUCCAUGAUAUCUGUGACCUUCGAGGAGGACAACUCUAAUGGUUUUGCCUCAGACGAGGAUCAUGAAACCCAGUCCACUUGCAGUUGGAAUUCCAAAUCGGCCCCCUUGGAUGCUCCAUGUAAAUACGUCCCCCCCUGCUCGCCAUCAUACCCUCUGCUCUCAUCCUCAUGUCCUUCCCCUUCCUGCUCCUCUCUUCCCUCGUUUUCUCCCUGCCCAAGAGGUGUGGAUCUGCCUGGGCCUGGCUCCCUGGAGGGCUUCGAUCAUGUCUUGCCCAUUCUGGGACCUCGCAGCGAGUGCAGCGGUGCUUCAUCACCAGAGUGUGAGCAGGAACGAGGAGAAAGAGCUGAAGGUGCUGAGAAAAAACCUGAAAACACUACACGGGCCAGCGGUCAGAAGAGCACUACCUUAGAGGACGGCAUGAGACGUCUGUCUGUGCAGCAAACGGACAAGUGUGAGACAGAGACAUUUAGUUCUGCUGCCCCUGUGCUUCUACUCAACUCGGUUUAAACUAAAGGAAGGGACCUGAGAUGAUCCGUCCAAGCGUCACGUGUCGAAGGAACCUUUAUGUCCCGCCCUUCACCCGUCUCCAGACAGAACAGAGACUGCACAGAGACUCACUGAGGAAGAGAAGGGGAACAGUUUAAAAACGAGGAACGUCCAAGACUAGUACACAAAUGCAACAUAUUCACACAUUUGCCAAAUGUGUCCUGAAUGUUUUCUGGUCACCAAAACAAAAGACCACGUGUCUUCUUGAUCUACGUCUCACUGCGUAUUGCCCGACUGACCGUGUCACUCCCGUGUGUGGACCCUUGCAGUGUUAGUGUGUAACGUGUGCGUGUCUGUGUUGCGUACAUUUACCUUAUUCUCUCUCUCUGUAUUUAUUCUUACGUGUUAGUGAGGUUGCAAAGGCACGGAAAUGAUCUGGUCGAACUCCGGAAACUUUCUAUUGGAACUUUUAAUUUGGAAACUUACCAGGAAUUUAUGGGAAUUAAUUAGAAAUUUGGGGAAAUUGAUAUAAACUGUAUCAUAUACAAACAUAAAUAUAUAACCUUUUUAUUCGCUCAUAAGCUGAAGUGCAUGCAUUUAAAAAAUACAUUUUGGAAUAUGAAUUAAUUGUUAGUAUAAUUUUGUUGCACAUCAGCUCACACACAGCACAAGGGCGUUUAUAAACGUAUUUAAUAUUUAUGUAAUUCACGUGAAUACUCGCCAAGAUGGACAUUUUUUGACGUGCAGGAUUCAAGAAAUAAUGUGUGUUACGUGAUGGAGUCUCAGUGGUCCUGCAGUAAAGUGUUGUUUGCAUGUGAUUGAUGAAUGUGCAGGAUAGAAAUUGCAUUAAUUUUUUUUUUAAACUACGUUUAAAUUUAACUCCCGUAAAUUCCCAUGGAAAGUCGUGAAAAUUCCUGGAAUUUUGCAACCCAGUAUUUUAAUGCAGAACGAUGAUCUAAACGUAGCAAAGGAUCCUAUAUUUAUAUUAUGUCUUCUUACCAGUGACCAAUGUGUUGUCAUGGCACACUAAUGUAGAACCAUGGAAUAAACAUAAGCUCAUGAGA